CCGCCAAUGAGGUGUCGGGGCGGGCCGUGCGCUGAAGCACUAGGGAGGCCGGACGGCAGAGAGCUCGGAAGCAUGAACCGGAUCCGCAUCCACGUGUUGCCAUCGAGCCGCGGGCGCCUCCCGCCGGUGCCGCGGGCGCAGGAGCCGCUGGCCUGUGCGUUCACCCCGCGGGCCUGCUCCCAGCCCCGCCUGGACGGGCAGGAGUUCUGCAUCAAGCACAUUCUGGAGGACAGGACCGCCCCCUUCAAGCAGUGCAGUUACGUGUCCGCCAAGAACGGGCGGCGCUGCCCCAACGCGGCGCCCAAGACCGAGAAGAAGGAUGGCACCUCGCUGUGUGCGGAGCACGCCCGGAGGAACGCGCUGGCGCUGCAGGCGCAGGGCAGGAAGUCCCAGGCCGGGGCAGGGGGGGAGAACCUCCUGUGGCAGCUCAGCGCCUACGUCCGCGCCGAGGCGGGCACUCAGCCUGCGGAGAGCAGCCGCAGCGAAGCCACUCGUAUCCUGGAUGAGGACAGUUGGAGCGAUGGGGAGCAGGACCCGGUCACCGUGGAGCAGACGUGGCGGGGGGACCCGGACAGCGAGGCCGACAGCAUCGACAGCGACCAGGAGGAUCCCCUCAAGCAUGCUGGGGUGUACACAGCCGAGGAGGUGGCUCUCAUCAUGAGGGAGAAGCUCAUCCGGCUCCAGUCGCUCUACAUCGACCAAUUCAAGCGCCUCCAGCACCUCCUCAAGGAGAAGAAGCGGCGGUUCCUGCACAGCCGCAAGGGCGAGCACGAGGCCAUUGGCAACAGCCUCCUGACGGGUGCCGAGGGGCUCCUGGCCAAGGAGCGGGAGAGCCUCAAGCGCCUCAAGUGCCUGCGGCGCUACCGGCAGCGCUACGGGGUGGAGGCGCUGCUGCACCGGCAGCUCCGCGAGCGCCGCGCGCUGGCCUCGGACAGCGCGGCCCAGCAGGCCCACACCACCCGCUCCAGCCAGCGCUGCUUGGCCUUCGUGGAUGACAUCCGCUGCUCCAACCAGUCCCUGCCCAUGACCAGGCACUGCCUGACCCACAUCUGCCAGGACCCGAGCCAGGCCCUGUUCCGGCCCUGCCGGGGCUCCGAGGACGUUCCCUGCCCCAGGGCCGUGCCCCUGAGCCUGGGUGCGGAGCCCAGCUGCCCCCUGCACCUCCGCCUGCCCCCUCCCAUGUACGUGCCUGAGCAGGGCCCCGGGGGGGCUGAGGAUCUGGGGGCUGCCCCAACGGAGCUGUACCUGAGCGCAGCCGAGCUGCAGCCCUCCGAGAGCCUCCCGCUGGAGUUCAGUGAUGACCUGGACGUGGUGGGCGAUGGGCUCCAGUGCCCCCCCUCCCCUUUGCUCUUUGACCCCUCCGUGGCGCUGGAUCCGGCCCUGCGAGACGUGGCCGAGGCCGCAAUCGACAUCUUGGGCCUGGAGGAGUCCGAGGAGCGGGGCAGCGGCUUCCCCCCGGGCCCCGACCUGCAGCAGUGCCCCCUCGCACCGGAGGAAGCCGCUGCCUCCACCGAGCUUCACGGAGCCGCCAAUGGGAACGUGGGGUCGGGAUCCGGGAGCGCCGGGACCUGAGAGCAGCUCCAGGGCUCAUCCGGCAUCAUCCAGGAGCUGG